UGCGCAUGCGGCGGGGUACGCUCAGGUAAGCGUCAGUCCGCGCCGCGAUCUCCCGCCGACAGGGAUCGACGCACGCGACACGCUCAAAUUUCGUUUUGAAAAUCGAACGCAUUUUUCACGAUUCCCGUAGCAUUCGAAAUUUGAAAAAUUACAGAGAUGGCGUACUCGGUAAUUUGGUAGUUGAGGUUUUAAGGUGCGUUCGGGUCUGGGCAGUGAUGUCCCACAAGAAAUGCGGCCGGUUGUCAUCGCUGCUUGCUUGCUGCUGCUCGCGCCCAUCACCGACUCCUGGUGGGCGUCUGGCAGUGCUGUGAUCUUGGAUCCCCGUAUGGUAUGCAAGAAGAACCGUCGGACCAGAAGCAAGCUGUCCCAGAUCUGCCGGAACGAGACCGGAUUGUUGAAGGAGAUCUCCAAGGGCGUGACCCUCGGCGCCACAGAGUGUGCCCACCAGUUCAGGGGACGAAGGUGGAACUGCACCACACAGCGACGCAGCAUGAGGAAGAUACUCAUGAGAGACACGAGAGAGACUGGCUUCGUGAAUGCUAUCACGGCGGCCGGUGUCACCUACGCCAUCACCAGGGCAUGCACUGCGGGGUCCUUACUCGAGUGCUCUUGUGAGAAGGGAGCUCCCAAACCCCGCCGCAGUCGCAGUGGAACAGUCACCGCUCCACCCACGGCCUCCGAUCCCGACUGGCAAUGGGGAGGAUGCAGCGACAACGUCCGCUUUGGACUCAAGAAGUCCAGGGAAUUCAUGGACAGCCGAUACAGGAAGAGGAGCGAUAUCAAAACCUUGAUCAAACUCCAUAAUCAUAAUGCUGGGAGGUUGGCAUUACGAAAUAAUAUGAGGGUGGAAUGCAAAUGCCAUGGGGUAUCUGGAUCCUGUACCCUUAAGACCUGUUGGUGGCGGAUGCCCACCUUCAGAGAAGUUGGCGACAAACUUAGAGAUAGAUUUGAAGGAGCUGCCAAGGUGAUAUCAAGCAACGAUGGCGAAAGUUUCAUGCCAGAGAGCCCCACACUAAAAAGGCCGGGGAAGAAGGAUAUAAUAUACUCAGAAGAAUCACCAGACUUCUGUAUGCCGAACAUGAAGACUGGAUCACUCGGAACCCAAGGUCGACGAUGCAACUCAAGUUCGGUAGGAACCGACAGCUGUGAUCAGCUCUGUUGCAGAAGAGGGUAUAAAAAGACGACCGUGAAAGAGACUGCUAACUGCAAUUGUCAGUUCAAAUGGUGUUGCGAAGUGAAAUGUGACACAUGCCUUGUGAAACGGGAUAUAAAAACAUGCCUGUAAUGUGAUAGAUAAAGUCUUAAAUGUUUAAUA